AUGAAAAAAAAGAGGAAAUUGAUUGAUACAUCUAUAACUGGGGACAACGAAAUCUAUAAGAAGAAAGAAAGUACAGACUAUUUCACCCUCAAGGAGACCAUUGAUAUGAUCACAAAGAUCGGCGUAGACCUGCAGAAAUACAUGGAGCAGAACAUCAAGAAAGAAGUCAAAGAACUAACUGGCUCGAGGAAAAUAGAUAAGAUGACCAUAGAGACAGAUGCUCAAACAAGCCCGGAAAAACCCGAUAUAGCUGCGUCUCAAUCCGAACAACCUACAGUAAGUGAGGAUCCAACAACCGGAAAGCAACCCCUGUGCCCAAGGUGCGGAUCCUACUAUGCAUGGAACAAAACGAGAGAGGAUACUUGCACUUCGCUAGAGGGAAUAAACUCCUACGAGGACUGGAAGAAAGUAAGCGAGAAGAAGUGGGACGAGAAGCUUUAUGCGAACACGGAGCUGCAACUGGGCAAUCUCCUUAAUUCAAAAGACUCCACGGUCAAAGUAGUCCUUGUGGAACCGUCAGAUGCUAAAAUGGAAAACAGCAUUCAACAAAUGUUUAAGAACAGGUUUCCGGAGCUCACCGAGACAGAUAGAGACUUUGCUGUUCUAGAGCAAAGCUCAAAAUGGAAAUUGAGCGACGAAAUUUCGACCCGACAAAAAAUCGUAAAGAUUAUGCAAGGAGACCAGGAACGAGACCUAUGGGACAGACUAAUCGAGCUUAGAGAGGAGACAAAGAACGACGAAUGGAUCGCAAUGCACCAUAUUGAAAGAUGCAGUAACGAUAGGCUAAGGAAAAUCGUGGAGACUAUUUUCCAUGGCGGAAAACCGAAGGUAGCCAUAUACACCAACAGAAAACAGACCAGUCAAAAAAGAGAUCGUCAAUCGCCACCCGCUCUAAUUAUCGCUCAGAAAGGUAAGAAGUACGAGGAUAUUGUUAAGACAAUCAAAGAAAGCCUAAAAGACGGAGGCCCUCCACCAACACCUGAAAAGGUAGAUCCCGCCAUCGAGAAGGUUGUGAUAUUGUUGCGGCCUGUAGUGCAAGGUUUUGACCAUGGCCUUGAUUUGGAUAGUAUUGGAAAAUAUGCUUACGGUACAACAGAAGGUGAAACCGAGGGUGAAACUAAGGAUGAAACAAUACCUGUAUCAAAUGACAAUUUUUCCAAUGUGGUAUAA